AUGACCAUGAACCAUCUCAAUUUGAAGUUGCCGCUGCUGCUGUCUGCAGCAUAUAUAGUUCAACUGUGUGUGCUGGUCCCGCAACCGCCGCCGAAGGAAGAUGCACAGGCGAGGUUUAUCUCCGUGGAACCAAGACACUCCAGGGAGACGUUUCGCUGGCUGCCGAAGUUCAUCAUGCGGACAGUCUGGGCGGCCUGUUUGUGCGAGUCCGCGAUCCUCAUUGCAUACCAAUUUCCGGCCCACCAUCUCUCGCGCCGAGUACUGCAAGCGCUCAUCCGCGGGCCCGCUCCAGACACCUUCGCUGGCGUCGGGAUCCGCGUUACAGUCCCGUUCAUCAUCGGCUGGUGUUUCCUCAUUGCAGGAACCUUCAUCCGGCAGUCGUGCUACCGCACACUCGGGCACUUUUUCACCGCCGAGCUCGCCCUUCACGAGGACCACAAGCUCGUGACCUCCGGGCCGUACACGCUCGUGCGCCAUCCGAGCUACACGGGCGGCAUCAUGGGUGCGUUCGGGGUCGCCCUCAUGCAGAUGUGUCCUGGCUCGUGGCUGAGUGAGUGCAUGGGCAUUUGGGAUACCCGCAGCGGGACGGUGUUCUGCUACUCGUGGUUUGCCAUCCUAGGCAUCGUGUCGGUGCAGAUGAUCCGCAGGACGGGUAUCGAGGACCGUGUCCUCAAGGACGAGUUUGGGAAGCAGUGGGAAGAUUGGGCUCAGGGAGCCAAGUGGAGGUUGGUGCCCGGCAUUUUCUGA